UGGAGUGUGGCGGUCCGGCCCCCGCAGGCUGCCCGGGGCGAAGCUGCUGCGGGCUUCGGCGGGCAGCUCCGUGGGGACGCUCAUCCCUGGCCGGAGUUCCGACUUCCUUCCCCGAUACAGACGCCACCGAUCUUCUGCCGGAUCCUCUUCCUCCGUAACCCGCUGCUUUUCUUUUUCCUUCCUCCCGGCUCCCAUCUCCCGAAUCCGCGCUUCCCUCCCCUGCUCCGGGGCCCCGGAGCCGACCAUCCCCAUCAUCCACCUGCCAUCCUCCUGGCUUCUUGCCCCUCCUUGACCUCAGAUCCCGUGACCGACAGAGCCCUGACAUAACCUUCUCACCAGACUCUCCUAAACUUCUUUUCCUUCUCUCUUUGCCAGCUCCCGACUCCCAAAUUCCAGCUAACCCUUGACCUCUUGACCUCUGACCCUAAUAUUCUCGACUCUCUCUAAUAUUCUCAGACCUCUAAAUUCCUAUCUCCUGCAGCGGGGGAGACUGCUGACACGGAGGCCUCCCCCUGAGUUCUGACUCCGUUUCUGAAGCUUGUUUUUACUUUCUUACUCCUUGGCCACUUCCUGUUACUGCUACCCCACCAUGGACUUCUUGAUGAGUGGCCUGGCAGCCUGUGGGGCCUGUUUGUUCACCAACCCCCUGGAAGUGGUAAAGACCAGGAUGCAGUUGCAGGGAGAACUGCAGGCCCCCGGCACCUACCAGCGGCACUACCGAAACGUCUUCCAUGCCUUCAUCACCAUCGGCAAGGUGGAUGGCCCAGCUGCCCUGCAGAAGGGACUGGCCCCUGCUCUCUUAUACCAGUUCCUGAUGAAUGGCAUCCGCCUGGGCACCUACGGGCUGGCUGAGGCUGGGGGCUACCUGCACACGGCUGAGGGCAGCCUCAGCCAACCCCGCAGCGCUGCGACUGGGGCCCUGGCUGGGGUCAUGGGAGCCUACUUGGGGAGCCCCAUCUACAUGGUGAAGACCCACCUACAGGCCCAGGCGGCCUCAGAAAUUGCCGUCGGGCACCAGUAUAAGCAUCAGGGCAUGUUUCAGGCGCUAAGCGAGAUUGGCCAGAAACAUGGUCUGGUGGGGCUGUGGCGCGGGGCCCUGGGCGGCCUGCCCCGAGUUAUCAUCGGUUCCUCCACCCAGCUGUGCACCUUCUCAUCCACCAAGGACUUCAUCACUCAGUGGGAGAUAUUUCCUCCCCAGAGCUGGAAGGUGGCUCUAGUGGCUGCCAUGGUGAGUGGCAUUGCGGUGGUCCUGGCCAUGACGCCCUUCGAUGUGGUCAGCACGAGGCUCUACAACCAGCCCACCGACGCUCGGGGCAAGGGCCUCAUGUACCGGGGGAUGCUGGACGCUCUGCUGCAGACUGCUCGGACAGAGGGCGUUUUUGGCAUGUACAAGGGCAUAGGGGCCUCCUACUUCCGCCUCGGCCCCCACACCAUCCUUUCCCUCUUCUUCUGGGACCGGUUACGUACCCUGUACUGCACGUACGCCAAAUGACCACGGCCAUUCUUUCACACACCCCCGGCUCAGCACUCCUUGGACACUUCUGCCUCCACUCCUAUGCCCUGGUGACUUCUGCCCAGGCGACCUUUUGUCCCUCCAAGGGGGACCACCAACUCCACUCCCCGUCUGUUUGCUCAGGGCUGAAUCACUACAAGGGACAGUCUCCCUCCCUUCCUUGGGUGUCACUUUUAAACCUUCCCUUUUAAUCCGUCCUCCUGGACACUUCACACACACACACACACACACACACACACGCACGCACGCACGCACGCACACACCCCCUCAGGGCUGAACCAGUCACUCCAAAGUAUUCCCUCCUUUUAUUUGGACAGCCUUGGGUCCCUUCUGAUCCUAUGCACCAACUUUUAACUCCCCACUCCAAGACCAAAGGGAACUGGGGGGACCCAGGUAUCUUGUUAGAUGCAAAGGCACAGAGAUAUUAUCUUGGUUAUAAAGCAAGUUUAUUUCUGCAGA